ACCGCCCCUCCCUCUAGUCGAGGAAGGGCCGAGCUCCGCCCGUCCCCCGCAGCCGGGCAGAAGCGGGCAGAGCAGCGGCCGACGCCAUGUUGUGCGGGGCCCCUUCGGCGGUGCGGGCGGCUACCGGCGAGACGCAGCAAAUCGCGGACGAGGUGAAGCCUCAGCUAGAAGAAAAAGAAGGGAAGACCUUUGAUGUCUUCACUGCAGUGGAGUUUAAAACCCAGGUGGUUGCUGGAACAAAUUACUUCAUCAAGGUCCAUGUUGGCAAUGAUGAGUUUGUGCACCUGCGGGUGUUCAGAAGCCUUCCUCACGAGAAUAAGCCACUGAGCCUUCACAGUUACCAGAACAGCAAGACUAAGGAUGAUGAGCUGACAUAUUUCUAGCAAGCUUAUCUUGUGCAUUUUCCUAAUGGCCACUUACGUGCAUUUUCUAUAGGCUGCAAAAUGUUGACUCUUGUGCAAGUGAGAACAAGAAUAUGUCUCUUUGUAAACCUAAUACUGAAAAAAAAAAAAUCUAUUUCUUGUGUGCAUUUUCCCAAAUGUGCAAUAUCUAAAUGAGGAACAUAGCUCUCCUUUCACCUACACUAAUGCAAAUCUGAAGAAGCUGCACUGACUUCAGUGCACCUUGACUAGAAUACUGUGCCUGAGUUAAGUUUGUGAACUUCCCUGGUCUAAAUUGCAAGGGAUGUCUCAUUAGCAUUCAUGUAUCUGCAGCAAGGAGCAAGAGGAAAGCUUGUAUCUUCUCUGUGCUGUUCUGCAACAGUGAAUAUAUACAUAGAUUUAAGGUGGAGCAUGUGUUUUAUUGACAAGGACCUAAAGACAGACUUGAGCAUGAGCAAAUUUUGAAAGCAUGAAGAAUAGGAGGAUUGUAGUCUUGAAACAAACAUUCCUUUGGUUAUCAUGUUUAUCUUGUGUCAGCAGUAGGAUAUAAUGUCCAGUAGAGGGUGUAUGAGUUGAAAAAAAAAGCAGCUUAUUUUCCUAUUCUUAAGGAAAAGUCCUGGAAAGAAAUUUAAACUAGGUAAAGUAUCUGCAUAAACAACAAUAAAUACUUCUCUUGAGUUUAGACUGCA